AUGCAGAGGAUGGAUCCCAGAGAGGCGGUGUGCAGGAGUCUGUUCGGCCCGGUGGACCACGACCAGCUGCGCCGGGACUUGGUGCUGAAGCUGCGGGAGAUGGAGGAGCAGGACUGCCGUCGCUGGAACUUCCACUUCCAGACUGAGACACCUCUGUCCGGCCGGUUCCAGUGGGAGGAAAUACCCGCAGACUGCGCUCCGGUAGUCUAUCAGGAGGAGGAGGAGGAGGAGGAGGAGGAGGAGGAGGACAGGCUGAGUGCAGGGACGGACCAGGAGAACCGCUCCAGCGUCUCCAAUACGCACAAGUGUCCCGCAGAAGUGACGCCCGUCCGGAGGAAGAGGAUGCUCUCCAAACCUGCAGCCAAGCCUGGAUGCAAUUACGCACGAAUCACAGAUUUCUUUGCAAAGAGAAGGAGGACGACAGAAACCAAAAGCAUCCAGAAUCCUUUCCACACAAGUUCCAGUGAAGCAGCUUCAUGCAAAACGAUAAGGUGA